AUGAACAGCGAUGGCAGCGGCAGAGUCGUCCCCGGAGCUCUGAUGGAAAGCAGGAGCGGCUCCCGGGCGGCCGCAGGUAUGGCGGAGCAGGCGGCGGCGCCGAGGGCGCGUGAGCCCCGGCCAGUGCACCAGCGCUUUCUGCGGCGCAGCGUGGUGGAGUCGGACCAGGAGGAGCCGCUGGGCCUGGAGGCGGCCGAGGGAUUGUGCGUGCAGCCCCAGCAGCCGCUGCAGCGCCGGGUCCUUCUGCUGUGCAAGACGCGCCGUCUCAUCGCCGAGCGCGCGAGGGGUGCCGGCCGCCCAGCACCCGCCGCUCGGACCCUGUCCCCCGGCGCCCCCUCGCCCGCCAUGGGGCAGGUUGCCGAUUCGCCGCUCCCCGGGCCGGUACAGGGUCCUGCCGCCGCCACCACCUUGGCCUCAUCGGCUCCCGACGGUGAUCCUCUGGGUGAAGCAGCGGCCGAAAGGAAGGAGGAGGCAGGCGCGCCUGAGAUCCGGUCGGAUCCUGGGCGCGCCCGGAGAGAGGAGCCAGAGGAAGAUGAGGACGACGAGGACGACCUCAAGGCAGUGGCCACCUCACUUGACGGCCGCUUCCUCAAGUUUGACAUAGAACUGGGCCGCGGGUCCUUCAAGACUGUCUACAAGGGGCUGGACACAGAGACGUGGGUGGAGGUGGCCUGGUGUGAGCUGCAGGACCGGAAGCUCACCAAGCUGGAGCGACAGAGAUUUAAGGAGGAGGCCGAGAUGCUGAAAGGCUUGCAGCAUCCAAAUAUUGUGCGAUUCUAUGACUUCUGGGAAUCUAGUGCUAAAGGAAAGCGGUGCAUUGUGCUGGUGACAGAGCUGAUGACUUCAGGGACUCUAAAGACGUACCUGAAACGGUUCAAAGUGAUGAAGCCCAAAGUUCUUCGUAGCUGGUGCCGGCAGAUCCUGAAAGGCCUGCUGUUUUUGCACACAAGGACGCCCCCCAUCAUCCACCGAGACCUGAAAUGUGACAAUAUUUUUAUUACUGGACCAACUGGAUCUGUGAAGAUUGGUGACCUGGGCCUGGCCACGCUCAAAAGAGCAUCAUUUGCCAAAAGUGUGAUAGGUACCCCUGAGUUCAUGGCGCCUGAGAUGUAUGAGGAGCACUACGACGAGUCUGUGGAUGUCUAUGCCUUUGGGAUGUGCAUGCUGGAGAUGGCCACCUCAGAGUACCCCUACUCGGAAUGUCAGAAUGCAGCACAGAUCUACCGCAAGGUCACCUGUGGUAUCAAGCCAGCAAGCUUUGAAAAAGUACAUGAUCCUGAGAUCAAGGAGAUUAUUGGGGAAUGUAUCUGUAAAAACAAAGAGGAAAGGUAUGAAAUCAAGGACCUCCUGAGCCAUGCUUUCUUUGCGGAGGACACUGGGGUCCGAGUGGAACUGGCGGAGGAGGACCAUGGCCGGAAGUCCACCAUUGCCCUCCGGCUCUGGGUUGAAGACCCCAAGAAGCUAAAAGGGAAACCCAAGGACAAUGGGGCCAUAGAAUUCACUUUUGACCUGGAGAAGGAGACGCCAGAUGACGUGGCACAGGAAAUGAUUGAAUCUGGAUUCUUCCAUGAGAGUGAUGUGAAGAUCGUGGCAAAAUCAAUCCGAGAUCGGGUGGCACUGAUCCAGUGGCGGCGGGAGAGGAUCUGGCCUGCUCUGCAGCCCUCGGAGGUGCCAGCCUCUGAAGGCCCUGACAAGACCAGGGGCCCCAAGGUCCCACUGCAGGUCCAGGUGACAUACCACACGCAACAUGGGCAUCCUGCGCCCAUGGAAUCUGAGGACCCCGAGGCUGACCAGCACCUCUUCCCACUUAAGCUCCCAGCAAGCGCCACAUCCCUCACCUCGGACAGCACCUUUGACAGUGGCCAGGGCUCCACUGUGUACUCAGACUCCCAGAGCAGCCAGCAGAGCACCGUGUAUAGCUCGCUCCCAGACGCCCUGCCUUGUGUCUACAGCCCCCCAGUGAGCGAGGGGCCCGGCCUGCCCAGCAGUCUCUCUACGCUGGGCACUUACCAGCAGCCCCCUGCGGUGAGUCCACCUCCUCUGUCACUGGCCCAGCCAGCACCCUUGAAGACAAUCCUGGCCUCCCAGUCUUUGGGCCCCCUCCAGCCAGUGCCCCCACACCUGACCCAGCACCUGCCUCCUUACCUGCCUCCAGCUGCUCAAGUUGUGGCCUCCACACCAAUGAAGCCGCUCCAGGUGCCACAGGUGCCCUUGCCGCCACCUGCUCAAGUUCCAGCUCCUCAGAUGCCUCAGCUUCCCGUCAUUCCUCCCGUCCCUGUCACCCCCAUGACAGGGGCUGAUGGCCUCCCUCCGGCCCUCCCUGACUUGACAGCUGCCAGCCUGCCCCCUGGGCCACCUCCACCACCUCAGUAUUUCUCUCCAGUGAUCCUGCCAAGCCUCCCUCUCAACCCCACUUCUCCAGCCUUGCCUUUACAGGGGGUCAAGAUUCCCCAUGCCCCCCUGACUCCCCUGGCAGUGCCCUGCCAGACCAUUGUACCAAAUGUUCCAGGCCCCAGCACUACCAUCCCACUGUUGGCCAUGGCACCACCAGGCAUGGCUGCCCUGUCCAUCCAUCCUGCCAUGACCCAGCUGCCUCCGCAGCCUGUAUUCCCAGCUUUCUCACAUAUCGUGCCGAAUGAACUACCCCCUUCACCCCACCAUGCUCAAAACAUACAAGUGCUUCCCCAGCAGCUACCACCAGUGCCGCCACAGUCACAGAUCCCCACGCUUCCUCAGCCCCCUCAGCCGGGACUCAGUCACCUCUCCGAGCAGGCUACUCUGGCUCCUGGGGCAGGGACCCAGGUUCUUCUGGGCACUCCAGCCUCAUAUGCAGUGGAUGCUACAGCGCUGGGCUCCUCAGUGCCUGGGCCACCUCAGGCUGUCCUCUCGCCACCACUGCUGGAGUUGCUUCCUGCAGUUGCUGGCCCUGAGAUCCUACCACAGCUAUCAAGUUCCCUGACCUCCAAGGUUGUGACUGCUACACACAACCUCCCCUCCCAGACUGCUGCACUCCUGCCUCCUGUAACACCAUCACUGUCCUCCACAACCCUGGCCAGUGCACCCUGCCCCACCAUCCAGUUGACAGUGGAACCAGGCCAAGAGGAACAGGCUGGACAAGACAAACAGCUAGGCCUCCUACAAAGCUGUGAGAGCUAUGGGGGUUCUGACAUCACUUCUGGGAAGGAAAUGAGUGACAGCUGUGAAAGUGCUUUUGGAGGUGGGAAAUUUGAAGGCAAAUCCUCCAAGAAGCACCACCGGAAGUCCACCCGCCUGCGCUCCCGCCAGGAGAAAACCAAUCGGCCCAAAUUGACCAUCCUGAAUGUGUGCAAUACAGGGGACAAGAUGGUGGAAUGCCAGCUAGAGACACACAACCACAAGAUGGUGACGUUCAAGUUUGAUCUGGAUGGGGAUGCUCCGGAUGAAAUUGCUACAUAUAUGGUGGAGCAUGACUUCAUCCUGCAGACUGAGAAGGAGACAUUCAUUGAGCAGAUGAAAGACAUCAUGGAUAAAGCAGAGGACAUGCUGAGUGAGGACACAGAUGGGGACCGUGGUUCAGAUCCUGGCACAAGUCCUCCACACCACAGUACCUAUAACCUGGACAUAGGAGAAGAAAGUGGUCACUCCCAAGCCAAUGCCCCUGUUUACCAGCAGAAUGUCCUGCAUACUGGGAAGAGGUGGUUUAUUAUUUGUCCAGUAGCUGAAAAUCCAGUGACAGAGGCACCUGGGUCUUCGCCCCCACCACCUGCUAGCUCCCUGCAGCUGGAUUCAAACCAAGAUCCAAUCCCCUGUAUAAACCAACUGUCCUCAAAGGAGUCACAUGGCCUCCUUGCUGGCCCACACCUUCUGAAACAAACCAGCCUCAGUGACUCCAGGAAAGCCCCCUUGUCUGUUACUAAUCUACCCAAGGACAAGGCAGUGCCAGCAGCUGCCACCAUGCCAGAGCCAGCAAUGGAAACUACCCUCCAGGCAGGAGGUAGUGGUACCCCUCACGGACUUAGCAGAGAGUGUGAGAUGCCCCUGGCACCUAUGGAGACUCUUGCUACCCAGCAUGCCACACAUAGCACUGGCCAGGAAGUCUGUGCCCAAUAUCCAGGGGAGCUUGUCCCAGCCCUGGAAGCUAGCAUUCAUGGGGAGCCCCUGCCAGGUCUGGCAGCUGAACCAAGCCCCCCUAGCCCAGUUGCUCCCCAGCCCCCCAGCCCUCCACUGGGGCCUACUGCUCCCACCCAGCCUUCUAUAGCCUUGGAGUCUGAUGGAGAAGGACCGCCCCCCAGGGUGGGCUUUGUGGACAACACCAUCAAGAGCCUGGAUGAGAAGCUGCGCACUCUGCUCUACCAGGAGCACAUCCCAACAUCCUCUGCCUCGCUGGGGACCCCAGUGGAGUUGGGCGACAGAGACUUCACCUUGGAUCUUGCUCCUUCAGCUCUAGUUGACAUGCCCCCAGUACCUGCCCUGCUGCCCCAGCCAAUGUUGGAAAACUUGGAAAUGGUGAAGGAUCAGAUGGAUGUGCUGGAACAGAGUCAAUCUUCAGUAGUAACAGGCCGUCUGGAGGAGAGGCCAGAGCAGCAGGGUAGCAGCUCACCAGCCAAGACUGUGGGCCGCUUCUCAGUGGUCAGCAUGCAAGAUGAGUGGACCCUCGCCUCCCCUGGCCUGCGCUACUCAGCCCCGCCUGAUGUCUACCUUGAUGCACUUCCUACCAGUUCCAAUAUGAAGCUGGUAGUGAGGCGUGUGCACACCGCCUCCUCCAUCGAGGUUGGGGCCGGUGAGCCUUUGUCCACUGACUCUGGGGAUGAAAGUCCACAGAGGAGACCCCCAGUUCAGAAGCAGACUUCCUUGCCCGGCAGCAGUGGUGUGGCCAGUGACUUUGUCCGGAAAGCCACAGCCUUCCUACAUAGAUCCUCAAAGACUGGGUCACUGGGCCCAGACAUGCCCAGCCGGCCUGGCAUCAAGGUCCCCACCAUUAGUGUCACCUCCUUCCACUCCCAGUCAUCUUACAUCAGCAGUGACAAUGACUCCGAGUUUGAGGACACUGACAUCAAAAAGGAACUGCAGAACCUGCGUGAGAAGCAUUUGAAGGAGAUCUCAGAGCUGCAGACUCAGCAGAAGCAGGAGAUUGAGGCCCUGUACCACCGCCUGGGCAAGCCACUGCCCCCUAAUGUGGGCUUCUUCCACACGGCACCUCCUACUGGCCGCCGGAGGAAAGCCAGCAAGAGCAAGCUGAAGGCAGGGAAGCUGCUCAACCCCCUGGUACAACAGCUCAAGGUCGUGGCAUCCAGCACAGGUCACUUGUCAGACUACAGCAGAGGCCUUCCUGCUAAGGACCCUGUCCAAGGGGGAGCAGGGCCUGCUGCAGAAAGCCCAGCGACACCCCCGGCUCCAGACCCGUGUGGCAAGGCCGUUCACACCCAGCAGCCCUGCUCCGUGAGAGCUUCCCUGUCUUCCGACAUCUGCUCCAGCUUAGCCACUGAUGGAGGCGGAGCGCAUGGCCCAGGCUGGACGGUUUCCCACCAAACGUCUGAGAGAGUGGCCUAUAAAUCUAGUAGCAAACCUCGUGCCCGAUUCCUCAGUGGACCUGUGUCUUUGUCCAUCUGGUCAGCCCUGAAACGUCUCUGCCUAGGCAAAGAGCACAGCAGUCGAUCCUCCACAAGCAGCCUGGUCCCAGGCCCCGAGGUGGACUCUCAGCAGGCCCAAGUGAAUAAUAGCAACAACAAAAAGGGCACCUUCACAGAUGACCUGCACAAGUUAGUGGAUGAGUGGGCAUGCAAGACUGUGGGCACUGCACAGCUGAAACCAUCACUCAACCAGCUGAAGCAGACUCAGAAGCUGCAGGACAUGGAAGCCAAGGUAGGCCUGGCCCCCUCAGCCAGUAAAUCACCUGCUGUGUCGCAUUGCACCGCCACGACCCGGAUCACGCCCCCGCCCCCCGAAAGCUCUGAACUUUGGGACUCGCCACGGACCGAGCACAGACGCAGUGGAUAG